AUGGUAUUCAACUUCAGCUUCAGCCUUGCAGUCCCCGGCAUCACCAACCCAUUCACGGCCGCGGCGGCGGAACUGGUAGCGGCCGAGCCCGGAGCGCCGCAGCCUCCUAAGUUCGACAAGCACUUCAGCACAGAUAACCCCCGCCUGGCCCAGUCCCCGCGCCGCCGACGUCCUUCUCCAUCUCCCCUCCUACCCGUGUCAAGGAAGAGAGGAUGGGUGCCCUCUAAUCCAGAGCCCAGCCGCGCCGCUCCUAUCCAUACCUCCACCAGUGGCUACCUCGAUACCCCAUCCAAGUACCGGGAGAUGGCUGAAGAGAACGAUGAACAUGGCGAGCUGGAAGAGUUGGUCGUAGACCUUCCUCCUCCCAAGCGUCGCAGGACUCUUGCGGGCUCCAUCAUCUCCACUGCAUUGAGUGCAGCCCUCAUUGGGACUGCCGUAGGUUUGACCGUUUACCGUUUAUGGAGAGAUCGCGGAAAGGGUCCUGAAGCGCUUCCUCCUCCCCCGUACGAGCAAGGAGAAUGGGUUCCUCCUGAUUCGCAAAUGUCUGACCCUGAGCCUUCGUCAAAGGUUGGCGCAUCCAACACCCCCCGUAAUCGUAAGGCUCGCACAGUCGCGUAUCGGCGCACCCCUCGUCAUCGGAAGACGCCUUCUCGCCCGAACGCCGCAAGUGCACCGCACACGUACGGUUACGCGUCCUCCUCCCGCGCCCCCAUCCCCCCCGAGUUCGACUUCGCAAGUGGAUCACGGGCUAGUCCAAAGCCGACAGAGGACGCCGACCCCGAAGAGCAAAUGUCUUGGAUUGGCGAUCGCCUCACACAGCUGAUUAGCGAGGGCCAGAAAGCUCUCGGUAAAGAGGUGGUCAUCAUGAGCGAGGACCAGCAGGACGAAGAAGACGACGGCUCUGGGGCGUGGGUAGAGGAGGAUGAAGAAGACCGGCCUAGAUCACGUCGGCGCAAUGGGUUCGGGCUUCCUCCCUACUCCCCGCAAACCCCUCUAUCCCCACACACUCCCACCUCCAGUCCCUUCGACCGUGGAUUGUCAGUCGAGUCCGACAGACGGUCUAUCGCGGGCAGCCUUCACGAAGAUGAAUCGUCUUGGCAAACACCGGAGAUGAAGGCCAGUAUGGAACGCGCCCGUGCUCUCUACAACCAGAAACGCGGCCACUAA